UUGAACGCACCCUUCUCUGGUACAACCACUGGUAUAGCUGGGUACUUAUAGAUACCUCGCAGAAAAUCCAUCCAGAAAAUAGUGGCCGUAACUUGACACGUAGGACAACGUGUCUUCAAACCUCGACUUUUAAGCGGCGAACACGGCGGAAUCCCCUGGCCGAGAGCGUUUACAGUUUCGUUCCGCCGCUGCAUUAUGUCAAAACUACUGGGCAGCACAGGUGUGUCGCUGCUGGGGGACAAGACGCUGGACUUUUACCGGAACCCAGUGAGCUUCUGCCAGCAUAUGAUGGAGAAAUACGGCAGCAGAGUUUUUCAGAGCCGCCUAAUGAACAGACCUACCACCUUCGUGUGCUCGGCUCAAGGCAUGAGAGAGCUGCUGUGCGAGAAGUCCAAUGUGUUUCUGAAGGAUCCAACUGAUUUGAUGACCAAUAUGUACGGUGACACCCUUGUUACCACUAACGGUGAGGAGGCGUGUCUUCUCCGUCUGUCUCUCACCACACUGUUUACAGGAAAUUCUUUAGAAUCGUCACGUGAUUACAUCAACAGUGUAUGCAAGUGCUGUCUGAAGGAUCUCGCCCUCAGCGGGCAGCCACAGUUUGUGUACACUGUGUUUAAGCAUCUGGCGACAGAGUUGGUUUUAGGACUUUUCUUGAACGUCCGUCCAAGCGAGCAUCCAGAACUUUUCCAGAAAAUCACAGAGCUCUGCACUCAGCACUGGCACGGUUUGAUCUCUGCUCCAGUCAAUGUAAAGGUUCCUCUUUGGUCAUCUGGAUUUUCCAUAGCUUUGGAAGCCAGAGAGCAGCUGAUGGAAAUCAUCAAAGACAAACUGAAGAACGAAACGGACGGUUUUGUGGGCUCCCUGAAGUCACUACCACUGCCCAGCUCCAACUGUGCUUCCCAGCAUCUCCUGCUGUUCAUCUCUGCCCUCAUUCCCAAAGGUCUGGCGUCACUGCUCACCUCGUUCACUUUGGCUCUCAGUGGGAAAGAACAGGAGGAAACUCGGCGGCGAGCACUUAUGGAUGCUAAUUAUCUGGAAGAAGUCCUGCUAGAGGUCCAGAGGCUCUGGCCUCCUUGCAUUGGUGGACGCAGGAUAGCGGAAAAGGACACAACCCUUGCAGGUUUUCAUGUCCCAAAGGGUUAUGCUGCAGUCUAUAUCAAUCAUUCCGUCCAUCGGGACCCAGAGGUGUUUGAGCAGCCUGAAAGUUUCCUGCCAGAGAGAUGGAGCGGAAGGAAUGCAGACCACAAGCACAUCAUCUGUUCCUUUGGCAGUGGACCUAGAAACUGCAUUGGUAUCAAACUUAUGGACGUCUUCUUUAAGGAGGCGUGCACUUACCUCUUAAAGCACUAUGACUGGUGUCUGGAUCCGCCAUCACAAAACCUGGACUACAAAUGGCUGCCUAUAUCUCGGCCUGCCAACCCCCCAACCAUCUCCUUCACUAGACCGGACCCAACUCGAACCGACGGGACCAACAGCUCAUAGGAAAAACACAAAAACAUUUGGCACUAAAAACUAAACACAAUAAGGGGAGCCCAAAUAUCUUCCCCUGCUGCUCAUAGUGCACAAAAGCAUCAUGUGAAAACUGCUUGAAAGAUGUGUACUAAAAAAUGAAUACAUUGAUGUUGGUACUUAGCACAAAAUUAAGACUAGUUGCCUUAUAUAAAUAAUCACCAUACUGUAGCCGCCAUGCAACACAACUCCUUCAUAUGUUUUUCACUCGGCAGUAGUUAAAGCACACACACACAUAUGUACACAAAGGUAAACCCUCAAAUUCCAUCAGUGACUUCAAACCUGCCCCCACCCACUCACGCUUCACCACCUAGCAACCAGCUCUGCUUAGCAACAGUUUGUCAUAUUGACUUACUUCCUUUUUAGUAUGCUCACACAUACACUCGCAGACACACACACACACACACACACACACAUAGACUAACUUGGUUAUUUUUGAAAGGGUGCGCUUGGCAACGAACAUGUCUUUUGAAUGUGUCUUGUGAAGCACAUGUAAAAGAUGCCAGAAGGUGCUUCGGAGCUACUUUUAAAAUAACCUGGAAAAAAAGCUGAGGUUUAUUUUCAUCUUAUGAAUCAUCUAGCAACAAGAACAACUCAUAUUCAAUGUCAAAUACCUACAAUUAACCAAUAAUUAGUUAAAAAUGAAGAAUCAACAAUUAUUGUUAUAGAUAGAUAAAGAAUGACUUUAAUGGGGUCAUGUUACAUGUUGGCACAGUUUGAUACAAUCAUAAGAUGUGUAGAAAAAUUUUAAUGUGUGUAUGUUUUUAUGAGUUUGACUUUAAAAGAUACAUUUUACAGGUCAUUGUUUUUGUUUCCUCUUAAUUUUUCAGUUUUAAUAAUUUUUGAAAUAUCAGUUACUCAAGCUGUCAUUUGGGUUGCUGAAAUACAUAUUGUUUUCUUAUUUUACUGUAUAAGACUAUUUGCUAAAAACUAGGGCUGUCAAAAUUAAUGGAUUAAUGUAAAUAAUACCUCAUUAUUAUUGAUCUGAUUUCACAAUGUAAGUGACAGGCUGCAAAAGCCAACAAGUCAGUAUGAACAAACUUGAUGUGAAAUUGGACUAUACAAAAAACCUGACGGAAAAGUCGACCAACUUUUUGCACACCCUUUAUUUUUCACCACAACACGUCCAUCUUGAAAUAGCACAUUAAUGACACAAAAGGAGCAACACGUCCAUAUUAAUGUGGCUAAGGCCUUGGUCACACUGCAGCUUCAUUCCGACUUUUUUACCCGUAUCAGAUUUUUUCAUGUCAAUGUGAACAGUGCAAUUCCAAUUUUUUCUAAUCUGACCCAGGCCUCUUUCGUAUGUGGAUAUAAAGCGGGGUGUAUAAUGUAUGCAAUGUGACUGCAGUGUGAACGCUGUGGUCACAUUUAUUCAACCAUUGUAUUAUCAUAAGCAAUACACAUCGUAAUUCUUUGCCAAAAUAGACGGUUGCAAAAUAUGCACCACAAAUGAAACCUUCUAAAAUUGAAACCAUAUUUACCACCAUGAAGACUAAAAUGAGAAAUCAGAAUAGGACAUCCUGCCCUGCAUUGUGAAAGUAGCGUUGGAAGCCUUUAGAAAAACCAACAUGUUUUUAUGUGCAUAUAUAGGUCCCUUCUUACGAGUAAUGAAUAAAUAUUGAAUUGUGGUUAAUCGAUAUUGAUCAACAGCAAUCUUGGGAUUAAUCUGAUUUAAAAGGCUUGAUAGCCCUAUUGAAGGAGAAAAGGUUAUAAUGAACUAGUUAAGAACACAAGAGUGCCGUUAUGACUGAAAAAGAAAUCAUUAAAAGUGAUAAUAAAUAUUUCAUAGAAUCAACAAAGCAUUUGUUUACAAUGUCUGCCUUAUUUGUGUACUCAUAAAUUAGGUCGGUUUGAGAAUUUGUUCAUAAAGACAUGCUGUACCUACUUUAGUUGACAAACAGAAUCAUGCUGCAGACAUGAACAAUUCUCACACACACGCACACAGCGGCAAGUGUUAGCACACGAACAUGAAACUGCAUGUGGCAUAAAAUGAGGUUGUGAAAAGCAGGAUGACUCACUGGCCUCUUUGCUCUUCAUCCACCUGCUAUAUUUCACACUAACAACAAUUGACAAGGACGUGUGCCUCUUUCUUCAUUUUUUUGGUUUUUCAUGUAUUUUCCCCAUCACACUUCAAAAGAGCACAAUAUUGGCGUGACAAAAUCGGAAUAAUAAUCUUAAAGUUAAAGUACCAAUGAUUGUCACACACACACUAGGUGUGGUGAAAUUUGUCCUCUGCAUUUGACCCAUCUCCUUGUUCACACCCUGGGAAGUGAGGGGAGCAGUGGGCAGCAGCGGUGCCACGCCUGGGAAUCAUUUAUGGUGAUUUAACCCCCAAUUCCACCCCUUGAUGCUGAGUGCCAAGCAGGGAGGCAAUGGGUCCCAUUUUUUUUAUAGUCUUUGGUAUGACUCGGCCGGGGUUUGAACUCACAACCUACCGAUCUCAGGGCGAACACUCUAACCACAAGGCCACUGAGUAGGUGUCUUAUGAAAUAAAAGUGCAUUCCCACUGAUUGUCUACUAUUAGAUUCAGAGUAAUGUUAGCAAUGCAGAAGAAAGUGUUAUGCAGCGUUCCCUAAAGGGUGUUUAAAAUAUUUUUUUUUCGAUUUUCAGAGUGUGCUUGAAUUUAAGAUGAACCUAUUAUUGUUGUAAAUGAUUAUUUCACUGUAGAUAUCUGACUGAAUAAAACAUACUGUGCAUGCA